AUGUGCGGCGGCGCCAUCCUCUCGGGUUUCAUCCCGCCGUCCGGGGUGGCGGCGGCGGCCGCCAAGAAGAAACAGCAGCGGCAUGUGACGGCGGACCUGCUGUGGCCAGGGCCCGGCAAGAAGGGAGCGCCCCAGGAGGAGGAGGACGCCUUUGAGGCCGACUUCCGCGAGUUUGAGCGCGGCCUCAGCGAGGAUGACGUGGACAGCGCGGGCUAA